UUAAGACUUCACUUUCACCUUGAGUCUGACAUAUUCUUAGGCGAAGAGUGACAGGCGGGAUUCCUUUAUUCUCCUUCACAACUUUUUUCGGUCAAAGCCACCGUGACCUAUCAUCUUCGUAACCUACUUCGUCUUUUUUUUUUGUUACCCACGAAAGCACCUUCCGUUAUUAUGCAUCUUGGCGCUUGCUCUUGGAGAUGAAUGUGCUCUCCAGUCUCGCAGUGAGGUUGUCAUGGAGGCACACGACAACGUUGAGAUCCUAGUGCAUGUCACAGCGCCGUGCAGAAACAUCGAUGAUGUGCGCUACCGAGCCCUUGCACAGGCAUAUCUUGAUUUUGCACCAACAAGACAGGCCAAUAUUUUCUGCAAACCUUCAGAAGAGGAAGUUGUCGAAGCUAUCCCCAGCUCAGAGGCCGAGCCACCAGCAUUGCCUGCUUGGUCAGAUGUGCCGAACCUCGAUAGCGAAACAACUCAACCAGCAACCUCAUCACCACCAUAUAUACCACCACCGCCACCUCAAUACCCCGCAACGUUUGGAUCAUUCGAAUCACAGCAACUGUCCUUUAGGAGUGUCUUGGACAAUAGAAAUUCCCCGGGCCUCGGUCGGCCACUUGCAUCUAGAGACUUACCACUUUCGUCUCAACCUGUGGCAGAUUCACAGCCCACGCAGGCUAGCUGGGUAGCUCCUCCCAGUGUCGUCGGCGAUUCUCAGCCGUCAUAUGACAUCAGUCUCGCCGAGUUCUCAUCCCCAAGUCGACUCUUUGAACAUCUGGCAGGGCAGUUCGAUAGCAAACUCGAUGAGGAAUCUCAGCAACUAUCUCCAGAGGCAAGCCAACAACAAGUUCCAGAAGUAUUCGCAACGGCUACGCCAGUCAUAGAGACAGACUGUAAUGAAGAUGAGGACGAUGGUCAGGUUAUUCUCGUAACGUCGAGCAACUCCCUGGCAAUCAAGAGCAAUGCCACCCCAGUGCCAGCAGCCUCUACUAUUCCCGGAGAUGCUAUAAUCCUCAACACGCCGUUCCCUGCUCUGAAGCGACCGCCUCUAGUCAGCUCUCCUUUUGAGCAGAUAAUACAGGACACGCCUUGCCAACCGCCUCGGAAGAGAGCAAUACCGUCAUCGCCAAACCGAGCCGGCUCUGAGCCUCCUCUUCCAUCGAAACGGCACAAACGGUCAGCGCCCAUUUCGGAAUCGAGGUCGGUCAUCACGAGAAGCUCCUCAGAUGUAGGCCCUGGGCCCAGCGAUCUCUUCCGGCCUCAACGGCCUCCUAAUGAGAGGCACUUGAGCUACCUCGCACGUCUCGAGAUCCACCCCGUCGGCCCCCCAGUCGGCACCAGCGAGCUGACGCCAGAUGAUCUCCUGACGCCCAAGCUGAAGGAGCUGGCCCGCCAACUCAAGAUAUCGAAGCGCUUUGCCCCGGUUGAACAGACGAGGGAACUGCGUCCCUUUGAGCGAGGCCACUGGCAUUUGGACUGGACCGGCUGGCGACCGAGUCUCCGCGAGCGAGCCUGGCACUUUUUGACGGAUUACAUCCUCGAAGGGUUCGCGGGAUGGGGCGUCUGGUGUAAACGCGCAGAGGACUGGUCCUGUAUACGCGUGUACUGCUGGGGCCAUAUCGUCGGCCACAUCUAUCUGGCCUUGUACCUGGCGAGCGAGCGGGCGCUGAAGAAGGAUGCGGCGAAGUGGCUGGACGGUGCGGGUGAGGUUAUCGUCAUCACCAAUGGACACGAAAACUCCGACUCUGGGGAGAGCGUGGAGGGCGAUCCCGACGAUGGGAUGUAGUAGGCUGGGCGACGACGCGGCGGGCAGUUUUCAUUUCGUUUUACUUCCUUCUUGUUUUCCUUGGUUAAGCGAGGCGUUUGCAUAAGGUAAGGGGUUCGACAGGGCGGUAUUGCUUGACAAGUUUGGAUACGGGGCAAACAACCUGAUUAGCAUAGAAACAAACAUUGGGCGCACCUUCAAAAUGGUAUAUAGGGAGC